AUAUCCAGCCCGCCUAUAAAGGUGCCUCUGAGGAAAGAAUGAUGGGACUAGAAUUGGCAUUCAGAGCUAGAAAUGGGCAACAAGCAAACUGUUUUCACUCAAGAGCAACUGGAUGCAUAUCAGGACUGCACGUUCUUUACAAGGAAAGAAAUACUGAGACUGUUUUACAGAUACCGAGAUCUAGCCCCACAGCUAGUUCCACUCGACUACACACAUAAACCAGACGUGACACUUCCCUAUGAACUCAUUGGCAGCAUGCCAGAGCUAAAGGACAACCCCUUCCGCCAGCGGAUAGCAGAGGUUUUCUCAGAGGGUGGAGAUGGCAACAUGACUUUAGAUGAUUUUUUGGACAUGUUUUCAGUGCUGAGUGAAAUGGCUCCCAGAGACUUGAAAGCUUAUUAUGCUUUUAAAAUUUAUGAUUUUAACAAUGAUGACUACAUAUGCAAAUCUGAUCUGGAGAAAACAGUCAACAAAUUAACCCGAAAUGAACUUACCCCAGAAGAAGUGAGCCUUGUAUGUGAAAAGGUGAUUUACGAAGCUGACGUGGACAACGAUGGCAAGCUGUCUCUGGAAGACUUCCAGCACAUGAUAAUACGGGCUCCAGAUUUCCUUAGCACAUUUCACAUUCGCAUCUGAAUCUAGUGAAACACGAGGAGGGAAGCACUUCCUGAACCUUCAACAACUGUUACUUCACCUGAGAUUACCAUCCAUGAGGGAGCAAAAGGAAGGGAGAGAAGAGGACAACUUCGGGUAACCGAACCAGUCAGAGAACUCUGUCUCUUUCACCUCUUUAGAAGGAGCAAUUCACUAAGCUCUUCAUUGUGAUUUCUCUGUAAUUUAUCAAAAUACCUAUUUCCCUUGCAAUGUAACAAAAACUGCAUUCCUUCUCCCUCCCCGCAGCUAAAGCAAAUCUGAC